UGGGGUGAAGAGCAGGAUCUUCAGAACAAGGAGGAGGUAGUGAUCAUGGAGACAGAUUUGGCCAAAAUGCCGGAGAAAAGAGCUCUGUCUUCCCAAGAUUCUCCCCUUUCCUGGGAAAAGAGCACAGAAGAGGGAGAAGUAGCAGCUCUGCGCCUCACAGCCAGAUCCCAGGAAACAGUGACAUUCAAGGAUGUGGCCAUGGACUUUACACCAGAGGAGUGGGGGAAGCUGGAUCCUGCACAAAGGGAUGUGAUGCUGGAGAACUAUAGGAACCUGGUCUCGCUUUGGCUUCCAGUUUCCAAACCUGAGAACUACGGUUUGGAGAAUGGAAAGGAACCAUUGAAGCUCGAGAGAAAAGCCCCCAAAAGCACCUGUUCAGACGUGGAGACUAGACCUGAGAGCAAGGAUUCAACUUCGGUGCAAGAUUUUUCCAAAGAAGAGUCAUGCCAGGUUGCAAUAAUAGACAGACUGACAAGGAGUAGUGUCUAUGACUCCAACUUGGAAACAGCAAUUGAAUGUGAAAAUUGGUUAGAGGAUCAGCAGGGAAAUCAGGAGAGACAUUUGAGAGAAAUGUUUGCCCACAUGAAUUCACUCCCUGCAGAAAGAGAUCAUGAGCAUGAUAUAUACUGGAAAAACUUCAGUCAGAAGUCUGUCCUUAUCACUGAUGACAGAGGUCCCAAAGGAUCCUAUGCCUUUCAUACACUUGAAAAAAGAUUGAAACAGAAGUCAAACUUAAUGAAAAAGCAGAGAACUUAUAAAGAGAAAAAACCUCAUAAAUGUAAUGAUUGUGGUGAACUCUUCACCUACCAUUCAGUGCUUAUUCGACACCAGAGAGUCCAUACUGGAGAGAAACCCUAUACCUGCGAUGAAUGUGGGAAAUCUUUUAGCCACAGAGCUAAUUUGACUAAACAUCAGAGAACUCAUACUAGAAUUCUCUUUGAGUGUAGUGAAUGCAAGAAAACCUUCACAGAAAGCUCAUCCCUUGCAAUACAUCAGAGAAUUCACAUUGGAGAGAGACCUUACGAAUGCAGUGAAUGUGGGAAGGGUUUUAAUCGAAGUACACAUCUUGUGCAGCAUCAGUUGAUUCAUACUGGAGUGAAGCCUUAUGAAUGUAAUGAAUGUGAUAAAGCUUUCAUUCAUUCAUCAGCACUCAUUAAACAUCAAAGAACUCAUACUGGAGAGAAACCCUAUAAAUGUCAAGAAUGUGGAAAAGCCUUUAGCCAUUGCUCAUCCCUAACUAAGCACCAGAGAGUUCAUACUGGAGAAAAGCCAUAUGAAUGUAGUGAAUGUGGAAAAACUUUUAGUCAGAGCACACAUCUUGUUCAGCAUCAGAGAAUUCAUACUGGAGAGAAACCCUAUGAGUGUAACGAAUGUGGGAAAACCUUUAGCCGGAGCUCAAAUUUUGCUAAACAUCAAAGAAUUCACAUUGGAAAGAAACCCUACAAAUGUGGUGAAUGUGGAAAAGCCUUCAUUCAUUCAUCAGCUCUUAUUCAACAUCAGAGAACUCAUACUGGAGAGAAACCCUUUAGAUGUAGUGAAUGUGGGAAAAGCUUUAAGUGCAGUUCAUCCCUCAUCAGACAUCAAAGAAUUCACACUGAAGAGCAACCCUAA